AUGAGUGUUUCGAAAUCCGACCAACGAAUUCCGGACACGAGAGGCAAAAUAUCCGAGCAGUUAGCGGGGGAUUCGAGGCCACUUGAGAAAGGGAUCGGGGAUAAUGGACCAUCGGCAGGAGAGGCUCUGGAUAAGCGAUCCAAGCUCCUUUACCGGUUGAACGAGGUGGAAGAGAAGGAGCCUGAGCCUGAGUUCGGAGACGUGAUCAAGAACGUCACGGUAGCGCUCGGUCGCGAGGCAGUUCUCUCCUGCAUUGUCGACAACCUCGGGACCUACAGGGUGGGCUGGAUGAGAGCUGACACACAGACGAUCCUGAGUCUCCACAAACGGGUCGUCACACACAACAACAGGAUAUCGGUGACUCACGACGAACCCAGGACCUGGAACUUGCACAUCAGGAUGGUGAGGGAAUCCGACCGAGGGUGUUACAUGUGCCAGAUUAAUACGGCUCUUAUGAAGAAGACCCUCGGCUGCAUCGAUGUGCAUGUCCCGCCGAACAUCAUCGACAACGAGACGUCGAGCGACGUGACGGUGCCCGACGGCGAGAGCGUGACGCUGGUGUGCGCCGCCCGGGGGUACCCGCAGCCCAAGAUCGAGUGGAAGAGAGAAGACAAAGAAAAAAUAGUUCUCCGAACAGGGCGGAAGGAGAGAAUGAAGAUGGAGGUCGUGGAGGGCCCUUACCUCAACCUCACCCGAGUCAACCGCCGCCAGAUGGGAGCCUACCUGUGCAUCGCCAAGAAUGAAGUUCCGCCAGCUGUCAUGAAGCGCAUUAUUGUCAACGUCUCGUUCGAGCCGACCAUCCAAGUACCCAAUCAGCUGGUCGGGUCACCGCUGGGGUCAGACCUGGCUCUGUCGUGCAAGGUCGAGGCCUAUCCCAAGCCCAUCACUUUCUGGCGCAAGAACAACGAAAUCAUGAUCUUAGAUGGUUUUAAAUCAGGUAUCACAUUACAGAACAUCGAAGAACUUUAA